GGGAUCGACAUUAUGACUAGUUUUUUUUUCUACGGCGGUCGAUGGUCAGCCUUUUUCGAACAUUGAAUUUUUCUGACACCAGUCUUGCGCGAUUCUUUGCCAUGACGUCAAUUUUGGAGCAUUACCAAUUGUGUGACUCCAAAUUUCCCUGGAAACACUAAAAAUGCUCUGUGCGUUCUGUCUGUUUUAUGAACACUUUUUAAUAUCUUUUUUCUUUCUUUCUUCUAUUUUUUUUGAUUCAGUUAAUAUAACUAACUAUGCCUAAUUAUAUCGGUGCUAUUGAUCAAGGAACCACUUCCACACGAUUCAUCAUUUUCGAUGAGGAAGGCAGACUCGUUACUUCCUAUCAACGGAAUUUUGAGCAGAUCUAUCCUCGACCAGGCUGGAUCGAGCAUGAUCCAAGAGAAUUAAUUUCCUGCACCAAGAAGUGUAUGGUCGAAGCGAUGCGCAAAUUUGAAUGGAUGGGUCAUAAAGCACAUCAUUUAAAAGCCAUCGGUAUUACCAACCAACGUGAGACCACGAUUCUAUGGGACAAGGAAACCGGUGAACCUUUGUACAAUGCCAUUGUGUGGGGAGAUACUCGCACGAACAAAAUGGUGAAAAAAUUGCACAACAAAGAAGGCCGACAGGAAGUUGAGAAAAAGUGCGGGCUACCGAUUCACAACUACUUUGCUGCUGUCAAAUUAGCGUGGCUGAUCAAAUAUCGCAAAGACGUCAAAAAGGCGAUCGAUGACAAGCGAGCCCUAUUCGGUACAGUCGAUUCUUGGCUUAUCUGGAAUUUGACAGGAGGCAUCAACGGUGGUGUGCACGUCACGGAUGUCACGAAUGCAAGUCGUACGAUGCUUAUGAAUAUCCAUACAUGCAAAUGGGAUCCUGAGCUUUUAGAGUUCUUUGGCCUGCCUGAGUCUAUAUUGCCGAAAAUUGUGUCGUCAGCCGAGCAUUAUGGUGAUAUGAAGAUCGAAGGCUCACUUAACGGAAUACCCAUCACCGGAUGUCUAGGCGAUCAACAAGCUGCCCUUGUCGGACAAAGAUGUUUUACCGGUGGUGAAGCAAAGAACACCUACGGUACCGGUGCUUUUCUGCUAUUGAAUAUCGGCACCAAGCCAGCUAUCAGCAAACACGGUCUAUUGACGAGUAUUGGUUACCAGCUAGGCAAAGAUCAACCGGUGCAUUAUGUCAUGGAAGGUUCUAUCAGUGUGGCAGGAUCAGCGAUUGAAUGGCUGAAAACCAAUAUGGGUGUGAUUGGAGACCCCAGAGAGAUGGAUACGCUGGCUUCCAAGGUGCAAGACACCGGCGGUGUCAUGUUCGUUACCGCCUUUUCGGGCCUGUUUGCUCCCUAUUGGCGGGAUGAUGCCAGAGGCACCAUUGUUGGCUUGACCCAGUACACAACCAAACAUCAUUUGGCAAGAGCUACUCUAGAAUCGGUGUGUCUCUCUGUCGGUUCGAUUUUGGAAGCUAUGAAAAACGAGGGCCACGUCCCGCUUAAAGUGCUCAAAGCAGACGGCGGCAUGUCCAAAUCUGAUACAUGUAUGCAAAUCCAAGCAGACGUACUGGGCAUUCCUGUGGAACGACCCGCCAUGAGUGAAACCACUGGUUUAGGCGCAGCAUUUGCCGCCGGCAUUGGUGUUGGCAUGUGGAAGGAUCUUGAAGCUAUUAAAAAGCUCGCUGUGGAAGGUGCCGAUCGAUUUGAACCUUCCAUGAGUGAAAAAGAUCGCAAACUGAAAUCAUAUCAGUGGGAAGAAGCCAUCAAACGCAGCUUUGGUUGGACAGAUGUAUAUCACGAAGAUGAUGAUGAAGAAUAAACUAGAGAAAAAUAGAAAACUAUUGUACAGCACACAGCAUUAUAUUAUCUAUAUAAAGGUUAUUUCAUCAAUAAGAAUGAAAUGCGGGAAAAAGAGGGGCAAUGUGGCAAGGA